AUGUCGCAGGUCAUUGAGUCGGAGGACGAAGGCUCGUCUGCGAACGAUGAUGAGGACGAGGACGAAGACGAUGAACCCAACGGCGAUGCCGCCUCUCAGAGAAGCAACUCGGACGAUGAGCUUGGUAGUCAUGCAGACGACAGGUCAGAUGCGGGGUCAACUCGAAGCCGCGACGCCAUGGACGACAGCAAAUCUGGCGAGAAAGCCAAAGACAAAGGCGUCGACGAGGCCGGCGAUGGGAAAGCUGGGACCACUACGCCGCCGCCGCCGCCGCCGGAGAGCGUGAGAACGCAUUCUCCAGCAGACCAGAUUGCACCUAUUGAAUAUGUGCCCGUUGUUCUCGUGCAUGGCCUCCAUGGGAGCAAGUCAACCACAUGGUGUGAUGAAGGGGAGUCCUGGAACACGUGGAACAAGACUCUGAUCAAAGAUGACCUGUUUGGUUACUGGACAAUCCGGGAACUGUACUACUGGUACGAAACCAACUGGGAGUCAACUCACAUUUACUUCCCUGACGGCAUCAACGAGGAAGCACAGAAAUUGGUGGAUGAAUUGGUGGAGGCGAGGAAAGGCCUCGACACAGAGACUGGCUCGCCCUUCCCGUUCAACAGAUUCACGGCCGUCUUCGAGACGCCGUUUGAGUUUUGCUGCCACACCUACAGAUCGCAUAAGAACAUCACCCGCAAGCCAGCAAAAGGAGACUCGGACUGGCCCUUAGAAAUCAAGCGGGUGAUCAAUGAACUCCCCUUUUAUACAAACAUCAAUGAUAGCAUAGCAAGACCCAGUAAGAGGCUCCUUUCAUCAACUCCUCCGAUUUAUCCGUACUCGGGGAGGGAUUAUCACGAGGACUUGUAUUCGUGGUUCAUCGACCAUGACAUGUGCAACGAGUGGUUGGCAAGCAAUCGAGGUCUCAGCAUAAUGCACGUGCAUCAUCAAGUCGAAGAGGCAGACAAUAGCGCCUCGCAGGCCAUCGGCGCUUCACGAGCCGUCGGCAUGUCGCAGGCCAUCUUCACCUGCUUAUACACGUACCUCAAGGAUCAUCCAUCCAAAGGAGAGAACUGGGUAUGCUACUUCCGUUUCGAUAAGACCGAUGCGCGUUACAGGGACAUCAAGGCCAUGCUCAUAACAUUUCUCACCAUGAUCAUUUCGCGCUUCAGCUUUGACGUCGGCAGCGCCGCGGAGGGGAUGGAAGACUUUGACAGGAAUGUCAAUGUGAGCGACCUGGUCGACAUCUUUCAGGGCUUUAUGGGGCUGCGAGACAACUACAACACGGAGAAGAUCACGUUUUGCGUUGGCUGUUUCGACCAGUGCGAGGAGGAGUCCCGCAACUGGUUUUUGAGAGAGUUGAUCAGACUGGGCAGCCUCAAGGAAAGCCGUGACAAGUGGCUGUUCGACAGUAGCGAUGCGGACUUUCUCAAGGCGGAGGAGGUGCCGUCUGGCGGUAUCUGGAGGAUCAACGCCGCAGACGCGGCAACGUGGCGUCCGCGCAGUCCGAGUUCCAACUCGCAGGCAAGUGUCGGCGUGCGAGGGGUCAGCCCAGUACCAGAGCCAGACGCCGCCGUUGCGGGAUCUGUCGUCGGCGACGGGAAUACCCAGAAGGGCGGCGAUACGGUUGUCGAUGGGCCAGAUAUCCAUCCUGAUGCAGAAUCAAAGAAGGAUGAUGCCGAAGCUCCAGCUGCCGACCAGGUAUCAAGAGCGGAGGGCGAUAUUCUCAUCAAGAUUCCUCAGAACCCCUCGGAACCUCCAGCAACAGACGAUGACCCUGUAGCGGGCGAGGAAACCCUCCCCUCAGAGGUUGACGAUGCCGAAGCUCCAGCUGCCGACCAGAACACCUCGGAACCUCCAGCAGCAGAUGAUGACCCUGCAGCGGGCGAGGGAACCCUCCCUUCAGAGGUUGACGAUGGCGUGCCGGUCCCAGCCAUGAGCUCCCGGAUUCUAAGGGUGCUGGAUGACAGGCCAGUGCUCCACCACAUCAAAGAAGAACUCAAGGCUCUGGUCUGCCAACACAAGGGCGAGACCACAAAACCCGCCUGUGCUGUUCUCGACUGGCUCUUCCGCAAGAGCCAACACGCCACAAUGGCCACAGUCGAGGCGCUUGUCGCCAGGCCAAAGUCGCUUGGCCCUGAUGAAGUUUUUCGGAGCAUGCUUGACUUUGUCGACCAGGAGAUCCAAUCCCAGGCGCAUAGGCUCGUCACUCUUCUUCGACACACACUGCGACCACUGUCGAGCCACGAAGCCGCCGUUGCUCUGACCGCCAUGGCGCAUCCUCGAGCGACACUCACGGACGCUGAUGUUGCAGGCAUAAUCGACCCUCUGCUUCACAACUUCCCAGGCGUUUUUGAGCUGAGAGGCCAAGAGAUCUUCGUCUGGUCCCUCUUUGAACCAUUGUCGCAAGAAAUGGACUCGAAAGCCCACGGUGCCAUGGCAGAGUUAUGCUUACAGUACCUGCUCCAGCCGGAUGUCCAUCCUCUGAUCGAAGAACACUCUGACAAUGUCGCCAAAGUGUCCUGGGUUGCUUUUGAGCCUCGUCGCGACUUUGUUUCCUAUGCAGCCCGGUACUGGUUGGACCACUACCGUCUUGCCGGCUCGGACGCUCCCAAAGAGUACGCAUACUCCUUCUUCGGCGACGAAAAGGCAUCAAGAUCCUGGCGAGAGGCUGCCAUCAGUCGUAUGAUGUUCGGAUUUCCGCUUCGACACUACUUUUCCCCCAUUCCCCAAAUUGCGUCGACAGGUCUUGACGAUCUUCUUGAUCGACGCCUCGAGGAGGACAAGAACUCGGCCACGUUCUCAGCGGACUGCGACCUCGCGUUGAGCGAGGCGGCGUCCAGCAACCACAGUUCUGUGGUUGCUUUGCUCAUCGAGAGAAGGGAUCCGAGCCCAGGGGCACUCAAAGACGCCUUUCGAUUUGCAGCCGGCGACGGAUGCGACGCCGUCGUCGAAGUUCUCAUUGGAUACGCAUCCCGUGACGGUAAAGCCGCCAAAGUGGAGUGGCCCGACAACUUGCUAUCCCAGCUCAGUGACCUCGGCAGGCACGAUCACUUGCGAAGGCUCCUUGCGUUGGGCCUGAGUCCAGAUCCCAAAGACUCCCAUACCAUGGAGCCGUACUUUCCGUCGCCACUUUCCGUAGCUCUAUCCGGCCCUCACCUGGAGGCAACCAAAGUGCUUGUUGACGCCAAAGCUGACAUUCUGGCGGUGGGGAAGAAAGGCGCCAGGCCCCUGACGGUAGCCUGUCUAGUCGGCGACCCUGAGAUUGUCAGGCUUCUCAUCGAAAAGGGCGCCGAAAUCGAGGCACAGGACGAGAACGGCGUGACAGCUCUGCAAGGCGCCACGGACUGGGGCCGGCUCAAGGCAGUCGAAGCCUCCCAGAAUAAUUACGCCAAAAUUGUGGCCCUGCUUCUGUCCAAAGGGGCCGAUGCCAACGCCUACGGACCCAGUGGCUGUGCGUUGUACCUCGCAGCCAGAGGAGGCCACAUCGACGUUUGUAAGAUGCUGCUCGAGAACGGGGCCGUAGCAAACGUAUCAGCGACAGAAUUUGCCUCGCCUCUCUCUGUUGCCGUUGAAACGGGCAAAUUGGAACUCGUUCAGCUGCUGCUGGAUCACGGGGCUGAGGUUGAAGCUGUCUUUAAAGGCACCGGGGAUGAUGACACCAAAGAUACGCCUUUGACCAUCGCCGCAAGGCAAGGUUUGACAGAUAUUGUGGAGCUUUUGCUGGAACGCGGGGCUAAUCCAAAUCACUACGAGGGCGAUCUCGACCCCCCGUUGUACUUGGCAAGCUGGCGCGGCCAUGUCCUGAUCGUCAAGAUGUUGCUCGAGAAGGGCGCGGAUCCGAACGCACAGCUGGACGGCCAGGAUUGGACCGCCGUUCAUGCUGCGUAUGACAAUCCAGAAGCCAUGCGGCUGCUGCUCGCAAAAGGGGGUGAUCCAGAUCGUGUGGCAGACUCGAGUACGGCCUUGCUCCUAGCCGUCAGGUGGGAUAACUUGGGAACUCUGAAAGCGGUACUCGAGCGGUCACCGCGACCGAAUCUCGAGGCUGAGGAUGACGAACAUAUGACGGCUCUAUGCCGCGCGUGUCAGUCGUCAUCAGAUGAUGCGCCGGAAAUGAUUCGAGCUCUCUUGGACGAAGGGGCGGACCCCAACCAUGGCGCCGGUACAGACAACCUGCCUUUGCACCACUGUCUGAGGCAAGAGGCGUGCUUGCAGGCAUUGCUGGAAUCUCGACCCCAACUGGAUGUCAAAGACAGCCAGGGUGAUUCGGCCUUGCAUCUUAUCCAAUUACAUGCAACAGCCAACGUUCUUCGAAAAUUAGUCAUGGGAGGGGCAGACAUCGAAGCUGUCAACAAUGGCGGGUUGACCCCUCUCGCGAAGGCCGUGAAAAGUCCCUUCACAGACGAGUCGGUCUUGUACUUGAUCAAGAAAGGGGCCCAGCCAAACUUGACCGCUCCAGGCUUCGAGGGGAUUCUCCACGAGGCUGUCCGAAACUGCGACCUUCCAGUGCUCAAAGCGCUCGUGAAAGCUGGCGCAGAUAUCAACGCGCUCAGCGGUGAAACCGGUUCAUCCAUACUGUAUCUGAUAGCACGCUACUUGAGUAGCAGCAUGACAGGGACCCGGGAGACGCUGGAGUAUUUCGUGGAAGAGCUCGGGUUGCCGGUCAACAUCUAUGGUGGACCACUCGGGUGGCCAUUGACGGCGGCAGCUCAUAGGCCGGGCGUCGCCUUCGAGUACUUGCUGGAGCAUGGGGCCAACACUGAAGUUGAGGAUAGCAUUGGUCGACGUCCGACACAUGUGGCUGCCAUAGGGCUAGAUUUUGGGUCGGCACUGCGGUCACUCAUAUCACGCGGUGCCUCGGUUUUGGCAUCCGACAAGAUGGGUUUGUUACCAGUGCACUACGCUGCUCACGGCGGGCACCCCGAGCAGCUUAAAGUCUUGCUCGAUCAACCGGGUGUUUUGGUCAACGCGCCCGACGCAGACGGAUGGACCCCUCUCAUGUGGGCUUGUACCAACAGACGAUUCCCAGUCGAAAGGAUCAACCUCUUGAUCGCCAAGGGCGCAGAUAUAUGGGCACGAGGAGACGGCUGGGACCAUCAGUGGUCCCCACUGCGACUAGCGAGGUUCAAUGGCCUGGACGCAGAGGUGCAAGCUCUGCUGCAGCCAGGCAGCGCAGCCCAAGAGAGUGAAGUUGUCGAGCCUGAACGAGAAUGGGACGAAGAGUUUCACCAGAUUGAGGAGGGCAAUUGGCUACAUGGCGAAUGCUUUGCUUGCAUGUCGGACAUGAGCGGAAAGCGAUGGCGCUGCAUAUCGUGUCCCGCGGAGUAUCCUGUUGAAAUCUGCUUCAAAUGUUAUCGAUACAAAGAGAUGAUCCACGGACAGCAUGAGUUCAAGGAAGAGGGAUUCGAGUUUGAGCAUGAGAGGUUGAAAAGUCUGGAAGCAGCUGGGGCGAACACCCCCUUUGGGGACCAUGGCGAUAAUGCAUCCGGAUCGUUUUCAGAUGAUGGGGAUAUCGAGGUCAGGACGACGAGGAGAGAUCGCCGCGCAAGUCGCAGCAGCAACAGCGACAGUAGGAGCGACAGCAGUAUCGGUAUCGAGGACGAGGAUAGUGACGAAGGCCUCAAUGAGGACGAGAGUAGUGGGGACGAGAAGUAG